AUGGAUUACUAACAAAAUCAGUGUCAACAUAUUGAUCUUAUUCCUUUUAAUAAUAAGUUCUUUUGUAGAUCAUGUGGAAUUCAUAUGCCUGAAGAUGGGAGUAUUGGAAUUAAAGCUAUGAACUUUUGUUUUCCAGGUUAUCUUAAUCCAAUACAAAAUCUAAAAAAAUAAUGGAAUAGAGCAGUUCCAAUAGGAUCAUUACCAAAUGAAUAUUAAAAAGUAAUCAUCAUUAAAAUAUGAUAGCAACGUUUAUCUUUAAUUGAUUAUAUGAUAGAAUGGAGUGAAAAAUUAAAAUUGUCCAUGAAUUCUUUAUUUCUUGCAGUCUAAUUUUUAGAUUAUUUUGUAUCAUAAAAGAAAGUGGAUCCUGUUUAAUAUAGAUUAUAUGGUGCUACAUGUCUUAUGUUGGCAGGUAUCCAUUUCUUAAUACUUUAGCCAAAUCAAUUGAAUUAGAUGAAAGAAUCCCUUUUAUAAGUAAACUAAGAAGAUAUACCUAUUUACCUUAUGCAACAUUAGAUUUCAGAAGAUGUGAAUGCCAAAUCAUUAAAUAAUUGAAUUGGAAUCUUCAAUGCACUACUUUAAUUGAUUGGGCUGAGGCAGUGAUCUCUUUAGGAAUAGUCUAUUAAUAGGAUGAAUUAGCUCAAUCUGAAAAUAUUCUUAAAGAGAAAAGUACUAAUAUUCUUUAGCAAUAAACUAAUUAACAGAUUAAAUAAGAUAUAUUUAAAGAGCAUUUAGAUACAGUCUUUAAAUAACCUAUUACAGCACAUAAAUAGAUAAAUGAGAAGGUCUAAGAAUAAUUAAUAAGAUUAUGUGUUUCAGUACUUAAAGAUGGUUCUUAUUUGGAUAAGGAUCCAGCAGAAUUGACAGUUUCAGUUGUUGGUUGCGCUCGUAAGGCUAGUGGGUUGAAAACUUCAAUGUAAAAUUAUCAAAAAUAAAAUAGACCAAAAUGCUUGAAUGAAUUAUUGGAAAAUGUAGAACCUAAGUUUUAAGAGGGUUUAACUGAUCACUUUAUUAAAUAAGUAAAAUAGCCGACAAGUGUAUUAGGACGAGCAUUUACAACAGACUUAGAUUUUUUUAGUCUGUAAAAUUACAAACAUAGAAUAGUAUGA